UCAUGGUAAUCUUAUAUACAUAAUUUUUGAAAACGGAGUGAAACCAGGCACUUCAGCAUUUUCCGCUGGUAAACAGCCAGCAUCAACAGUAGGACAAUUUGAGCCAACAACGAAUACCAAUUCAUCAUCAGCAUUGAAUGUAAAGCAAGAAGCUGUGGAUGAUUAUCGAGAGAAACAGUCUGGCUUUAUUAAGCGAGGACGUGAUCCGAAAUUUUUUUCGUGUUUAGCUGUAAGCAUUCUGUGUAUGGCAUGCAUGCCCUUAGAGCCAUACGAUGUUAAUUAUUUGGCAGAAAAUCAGAACAAACAUGUCUUUUCAUGA